AAAGCCAGCGCAUCAUUUUUAUUUGCCAUGUCGAGGUAUUUUGAAAGUUCAUGCAUGGAGACUCCAGCAACUGCAGGACUGUUUUGAGUAAGACAAACAAAAAGGCAUAAAGAUGGCAACGGCAUCAGCAAGAGCCUUGUCGGAACGUCGACGAAGCUCGCUUUUCCAAAGCCGCAAUGAGUUAGAUUAUGAAAAACUGACGAGGAAAGACUCUUCCACUUCAACAGAUAUUGGCGGUGACAGCGGAACAUUCCAAGAUCAAGAAGAUGGCCUGGACAACGUUGGUCUCAAGGAAACCGUCAAAGCCAGUGUGCCACGUCCCAAGGUGAUGAGCGCCGAGGAACGUGAGCGUCUGCGCGCACUUUUCGACACCUAUGACACGGACGGGUCGGGCAGCAUUGAGCGCGACGAGUUCUUCACCAUCUGCACCGAGCUGCAAGUUAGUCCCAGCGAGGCUGAGCGCCUCUUCAACCGCUUGGACGUGGAUAAGGACGGUACCAUCACGCUGCCUGAGUUCAUCAGCGGCUUCCACGAGCGACACCGCAUGGACGUGGCGCAGGAGCCGAGACAGGAGGAGGACGAUGACGAGCCGUGCGAAGUCGCCUGGGAAGACUUCGAGGCCCGGCUGGGGGAGCAGAGCAAGUUCAUACCCAAACACGAUCUAGUGGCGACAUUGUAUCAGAACAUCAGCGUGAAUGAGCCCAGGCUCAUUCCUCAGCUGGAGAAAGUUCUGCAAAGCUUCGUCAAGGAGAUCAAACAACAGAAUGCCGAAAUGGAGAACCUGGCACUUGCCAUCAGGCGAGCACAGGAUCAAGCGUCCAUGCAGCUGAGUGAGAUGGAGGAGGAGAUGGACCAACGCAUUCACAUCACAGAGAGGAAAACGCGUGAGCAGGAAAAGAAGCGAGGGGAGAAGGAGCUUAAUGAGUUGCGAAGGACUUAUGAAAUGGAAGUGUGUGAGCUCCAGUGUAAGAUCCAGAGGAUGCAAAUGAUCGAGGAGAAGUACAAGAACAUCACAGUGAAGGAUGAGAGUCAGGCCCUGAAAAAGAAGAUUAAUGAGCUCACGCUGGAGAAUCAGCGGAUUAAACAGGAGCUUCUCAAGUCUCAAACCAAAGUGGCCUGUCUACAGAGUGACAUGGAUUCGCUCAAGACCGAGCUCACCGAUCAGAGCAUCAACUAUGAAAGAGACGAGGAACUAAUGAAACAGUUUUCUGAGGAGCGAGAAAUCCUGGAGAGCCAGAUUGAGAUCCUACAGGAAGCCAACAGGAAGCUCCAUGACAGCAAUGACGGUUUGAGAACUGCUUUGGAGAGGACCACCAAGUCAAGUAUGAGCGGGUCAUCAAGUGCCACAAAGGACAGAAACAGAAGUAAAAGCUUCGCCUACCCUUCGCCGCACGCUCUGGAGAGGUUAUGCCAGCGCGUCGACGACUUCACCAUUUACAGCCGGCGACCCAGCACUGACUCACUAGCCCUGGCAUUAUGCGAUCCGGGCCUGAAACGGCGGAACAGCAGCGAGUGCGAGGAGGACAGCCUGCCCGAGAUCUACAUGGACAGUGGCCUGUCCACACUGCGAGGCUCGCACGGCGGAUACGACUCGGAGCAGGAGGUCAAAGGCCUGGAAGAGGAGGAGGCGGAGGAGGAAGAGGAGAGCGUGACCAAGAAAACGGAGAUGUUUGUCGCGAAAAACUUGAUCGAGGAGAUCGAGCUGGCAGAGACUCAAGAUGGCGAGUCAGCGUUUGGCUCUGACACCAGCUCCGUUCUGGACUGGAAGCCGUCCGAAGCAGUUCGGACCCCAUCUGAACCCGUUCAGACCCCGUCCGAGCCUGUUCGGAUACCCGCAAACCCAGCCACCCCCACCGCGACGCACACCCGAAAAGCCAUCAGCGCCAUCAAUGUGCAGAGGGAGGAAAAGGAAGGUGGCCACUUGGGCUACAUGACGUCGGAGAAGGCUUACAGAAUUGUAAUGGCCGGAGACGCCGCGGUGGGCAAGUCCAGCUUCCUGCUGCGCCUCUGCAAGAACGAGUUCAAAUUCAACUCUAACGCAACCCUCGGCGUCGAUUUCCAAAUGAAGACGUUCAUGGUAGACGGAGAGCCCACUCUGUUACAAAUUUGGGACACCGCGGGACAGGAGAGAUUCCGCAGUAUUGCCAAGUCUUACUUCCGGCGAGCUGAUGGUGUUCUGCUGCUGUAUGACGUGACAUGUGAGAAGAGCUUCUUAAACGUGAGGGAGUGGGUCGACAUGAUUGAGGACAUGGGUCAGGAGGAUGUCCCCAUCAUGCUGGUGGGUAACAAAUGUGACCUCAGGCAAGGGGCAGCCAACUGUGUGCCCACCAGCUACGGCGAGAAACUGGCAAUGCAGACCUACAACACGCUGUUCUGUGAAACCAGUGCCAAAGAUGGCUCCAAUAUCCUGGAAGCUGUGCUGCAUCUUGCCAGGCAAGUGACCAAACAUUCUAAGUUGGACGAGACAGGUUUUCGCCAGUCUCUGCCCAAAUUGGAUGCUCCCAGGAAAAAGCCCAACUUCUCCUGCUGCAACUGAUCCACUUGUCAGGUCUGGAUUUCAAGCGACCUACUCAUUGGGUCUGGAUUUAUUUUUAUUUUUUUAAAUCAAGGAAGACAAAAUGCAGCAUUAGGAACAAAAACUUUGUUGUGAAGACAUUUGAAGUGACGGUUGGAAGUAAAGCGAAGCACAUCUACUCAACACAACUGCAAGUUCUGUCACUUGUGUGAAGAUGACACUGUUUACUGAACUUUUUAAAGGUGUUUGGAACCCUUGCGUUCAUCUCAUGUUGCUAUUUACUUAUUUGCCAUCACUUUCUGCACUUUGUAGAUCCUACGGAUGAGAUCUAACAGCUUUAAGAAAGAUGUGAAAGUAUGCUAAAGUGUAUGACAUGUUGUUUAUUAUGGAAAGAGAAGGCUUUAUUGGGUUGUUUUAUGGCAAUAAGCUCAACUUUCCUUUAAAAUGUCUUCUUCAUUGCACCAGAGCAAAAUGUCUGAAAUUGACAUUUUUACACUUUAGAAAAUGUUUUAGUCAACCUACUGUUAAUAUGAUUGUUGCCCUACAGUGUUACAUGAGUAUAGUUGAUGAAUUUAUCAAGUGAAAAGUUGAAUCCUUUUUUUUGCUGUUGUAUUAAAAUGUGUCUUAAAAAGAACAAAAAAUAAAUAAACAUAAUAUG